AUGAUUCUCGAUGGUGCUAUGGGUACAGAGAUCCAAAAGUUCAAACUUAAAGAUGCCGACUAUCGUGGACAAGAGUUUGUCGAUUUCCCUCACGAGUUGGGUGGUAACAAUGAUUUACUUGUACUUACUCAACCUCAUAUUAUAAAGGAAAUUCAUAAGAAAUACUUGGAAGCAGGUGCAGAUAUUAUCGAAACAAACACAUUCAAUGGUAAUAUAUUUUCACAGGCAGAUUACAAGAUGGAACAUUUGGUAAAGAGAAUCAAUAGAGAAGCCGCUCGUAUCGCAAAGGAAGCAGCUCAAGAGGUGAUGGCUGCCGAUCCAUCGAAACCUCGUUUUGUUGCUGGUGCAGUCGGUCCCACCAACAAGACCGCUUCUAUCUCGCCAUCGGUAGAACGUCCAGAAGCUAGAAAUGUGUUGUUCGAUGAGUUGGUCGAUGGUUACUUUGAGCAGGUGGAAGCGUUGGUCGAGGGAGGUAUCGAUAUACUGUUGGUCGAAACAGUUUUCGAUUCUCUCAAUUGUAAGGCAGCUCUGUUUGCCAUUGAAAACUUCUUUAAGAAUCACCCAAGAAUCCCAGUGUUUGUCUCUGGUACUAUUGUCGACAAGUCUGGACGUACAUUGUCCGGUCAAACCGGUGAGGCAUUCUACACAUCGACUGCACAUGCCGACCCAAUGGUGUUUGGUUUGAAUUGUGCGCUCGGUGCCAAUGAAAUGCGUCCAUUCCUUCAGAACAUCUCAAAGUGUGCAGAGUGUUUCGUUCUCUGCUAUCCAAACGCCGGUCUUCCCAACACUUUUGGUGGAUACGACGAAACACCAGAGAUGAUGGCCGUACAGAUUCAAGAGUUUGCAGAGUCUGGUCUGCUCAAUAUUGUCGGUGGUUGUUGUGGUACCUCACCGGAUCAUAUUCGUGAGUUUGCACGUGUAACUAAAGGUGUUCAACCACGUCAGAUUCCAUCGUUGCCACCAUACACCACUUUGUCUGGUCUCGAACCACUUGCAUUCACUCCAACACUAAACUUUGUCAAUGUCGGUGAGCGUUGUAAUGUUUCGGGUUCGCGUCGUUUCGCCAACUUGAUCAAGGCAAACAAAUACGAAGAAGCUAUCUCUGUUGCCAGACAACAGGUUGAAGCUGGUGCACAAAUCAUCGAUAUCAAUAUGGACGAAGGUAUGAUCGAUGCCGUUGCUGCCAUACAAAAGUUCCUCUUCUUUAUCGGUUCGGAGCCCGAGAUUUCCAAGGUUCCAAUCAUGUUGGAUUCAUCGAAUUUCGCUGUCGUUGAAGCAGGUCUCAAGUGUGUACAGGGUAAAUGUAUUGUAAAUUCAAUCUCUCUCAAGGUCGGAGAGGAACUCUUCAUGGAGCAAGCGAGAAUCUGUAAGCAAUAUGGUGCUUCCGUUGUGGUCAUGGCGUUCGAUGAACAAGGACAAGCCACUUCCAAAGAAGAGAAAGUGCGUAUCUGUUAUCGUUCCUACAAGAUUUUGGUGGAGAGAGUCGGUUUCAAACCACAGGAUAUCAUUUUCGAUCCAAAUAUCUUGACCAUUGCAACUGGUCUCGAAGAACACAACAACUAUGGUGUCGAGUUUAUUGAGGCGACUCGUGAGAUCAAGCGUUUGAUGCCAUUGACCAAAGUCAGUGGUGGUGUUUCCAAUCUUUCUUUCUCUUUCCGUGGUAAUGAACCAUUGCGUGAGGCUAUGCACUCUGCUUUCUUGUUCCACGCAAUCAAAGCCGGUAUGGAUAUGGGUAUUGUCAACGCUGGUCAACUUCCAAUCUACGACGAUAUCGAGAAGGAUCUACUCACAAUGGUAGAGGAUGCCAUUCUCAACAGAACAAACGAUGCCACCGAAAGACUAUUGGAGCAUGCUCAAAAGAAUGCUAAAACUGAAAAAGCAACUACCGAGGUUGAAGAAUGGAGAACCAAGGAUGUUUCCUCGAGAAUUACACACGCCCUUGUCAAGGGUAUCACUAAUUUCAUUACUGAAGACACAGAGGAGGCCAGAAACACUUUGCCUUCUUCACUCUCUGUUAUUGAAGGUCCAUUGAUGUCCGGUAUGAAUGUUGUCGGUGAUCUUUUCGGUGCCGGUAAGAUGUUCUUGCCACAGGUAAUCAAGAGUGCACGUGUCAUGAAAAAGGCCGUUGCUUAUUUGAUUCCAUUCAUGGAGGAGGAGAAAGCUGCCAAGAGAGCACUCAAUGCCGACGCUGUCGUUGAGGAAGCAGAGAAUGCCGGUGUCUGUGUGUUGGCAACCGUAAAGGGAGACGUGCAUGAUAUCGGUAAGAAUAUCGUAGGUGUAGUACUUGGUUGUAAUAACUACAAGGUUAUCGAUCUUGGUGUAAUGUGUCCAUGUGAAAAGAUCUUGGCUGCUGCCAUCGAACACAAAGCCGAUAUCGUUGGUUUGUCAGGUCUUAUCACCCCAUCGCUUGACGAGAUGAUCUACGUUGCCUCUGAGAUGGAACGUAUGAAAUUCAAGGUACCAUUGUUGAUUGGUGGUGCUACAACAUCACAGAUUCACACUGCCGUCAAGAUUGCUCCACAUUACUCACAACCAACCGUGCAUGUUCUCGAUGCAUCUCGUUCGGUCACUGUCGUUUCCAGCUUGUUGGACGUCAACAACAAAGAGAACUUUGCAGACGAUGUCGCCACUCAAUACCAAGAGUUGCGUGAGAAGCAUUAUGCCUCAUUGAAGGAUCGUAAGUAUAUGACUCUGGAGAAAGCAAGAGCACUCAAGCCAAAGACAGAGUGGAAAUCAUUGACAACCCCAACCGUUCCAUCUUUCCUUGGUCAGAAAAUCAUUAAAGACUAUCCAUUGGAGAAACUUCUCGCCAAGAUUGAUUGGAAUCCAUUCUUUGCCACUUGGCAACUCCGUGGUAAAUACCCAAAUCGUGGUUAUCCAAGAAUCUUUAAUGACGCAACCGUAGGAGCUGAAGCUCAAAAGUUGUUUGACGACGCACAAGCAAUGUUGAAGGAAAUCAUUGAAAAGAAGUUGUUGAAUGCUCGUGGUGUUAUUGGUUUCUACCCAGCAGCCAGUCAAAAUGAAGAUGUCAUUCUCUACACUGAUGAAAGUCGUACUACACCUCUGGCCACACUCUAUGGUUUGCGUCAACAAUCGGAAAAGGAAGUCGAUGAACCAUAUAUCUCGAUGGGUGAUUUUGUUGCUCCACACGACUCUGGUGUCAACGAUUACAUUGGUUUGUUUGCUCUUUCCUCUGGUUUCGGUUUGGAAGAGAUGGUAGAGCGUUACAAACAAGAGAACGACGACUACUCAUCGAUUAUGGCAAAGGCUUUGGCCGAUCGUUUGGCAGAGGCACUUGCCGAGCACGUCCACGAAGACGUCAGAAAGGAACACUGGGGAUACGAAAAGAACGAACAACUCACCGCUGAGGAUCUCUUCAAGGUUAAAUACCGUGGUAUCAGACCUGCACCAGGUUAUCCAGUGCAACCGGAUCACACCGAAAUGAAGACCAUCUGGAAGGUCAUGAACGUCCAAGAGACCACCGGAAUCGAAUUGACAGAUCACAUGGCUAUGCUUCCAGGUGCCGCUGUUUGUGGUAUCUAUUUCGGAAAUGAAAACUCCAAAUAUUUCUCUGUCGGUAAGAUUUCCAAAGAUCAAGUCGAAAGCUAUGCAACCAGAAAGGGUAUCCCAAUAGAAGAAGCUGAGAGAUGGUUAUCAACCAUUCUUUCAUAUGAUAGAUUACCAUUGGCCAAAUAA